GCUGGCCUCAAACUCAUGAUGAUCCUCCUGCCUCAGCCUCCUGAGUGCUGAGAUUACAGGCGUGCACCUCCAUGCUGGGCCUGUGGAUCUCAUUUCUGAGAGAGAAGGGGUGGGGGCUGAUAUUCAGAACCCAUGUAAAGCCACAUCCCAUUAAAUGAGGAAGAAGUUUUGGCCAAGUCUUGUAAUUUCCUUGCAUGCACGUUGUGAGGAUUAAUCCAGCUUGGCUGUUUGUCACUUUAGAUAAAUGGUGCUCUGUGAAUGUGCAGACAGGUUGAACCAAUUCCUUCUUUUUUAAAUGACAGAACAAUAGGUCCUUCCUGGUAAGGAAGUCAGUUGGUGCUUUAGUCUGCCCCUUGGGUCUGUAUCCUAUCCCUCAAUUUUGGUUUCCACCCCUUUUGUUGAGGGUUAGGUUACAGCUUUUUUUCUCCAAAGAACACAAAGUGCUGUGUGGACCCCUGCCUUCUUCAGGAUGGAAGGAAGGUAACAUAGUUUUUUGUUUGUUUAACCCAACAUUCUAAUAUUUUCGAAGGUGCUCCUCUCUCUUUUUUCUUUUUGCUGCUCCAGCGCUCUUGUCGCACCAUAUGGAGGAGCUCAGAAGGCGUUAACAGCCCUUCUGAAUUUUUCUUUGAUGCCCAAGUCUUCCCUUGUGGCCGUGUUACCUUGUAGUUUUAGGCGUUCGACUCCUAAUUCUGUUACAAACUGUAAACUUCUAAAGAGAUUUGUGUUUCCCUGUGACCUGUUACUUCAGGCCACUUGGGGAAUGCAGUUUUCUGAGAUGGACGUUGGUGCUUCAAGAGGGAAGGUUGUAUGUACUUAUUUUAUAAAAGAAUUCCGGAGGCCAAAUCCCCACCCUGAAUAUGUCGGUUAUCAUUCUAAUGGAGCCAAGACUGUUACUUAACUGCACAAUUCAAACUGUGUUUCCAGAAAAAGGCAGCCCCAUUCCUUUGGCACGAGUGUUGGACUGUUAACCACUGCGUUUCAUUGCCUUUUUUUUUUUUGUGGACAGGUAGGAGGGUUUGUACUGUUCGGUCAUGUGUACAGCCAUUGUUACUCUUGGUAUUUUUACUUCAUCAUAGAUAAUAAACUUCUUUGCACAUUCUGGUUACCUUUUAGUGUGUGUCUGUGUGUAAGAUGAAAGCAGUCAUGUAAAAGGGAGGGAGGUUUGUAGUUUUUGACACUGAGCAAGAAGCCUGUAUGAGCUGUAUGCCAGCAAGAACCUGCAUAGACAGUGGUGUACUGGAGCCAGCUCACCCAGCAAGAGCUGAUUUUUACAUUUUAGAAAUGUUGUGACCCUCCUGUUAAUCUGUUGAUGGUUUAAAACGGGCUGAGGUGGGAAUAUUUAUACCGCAGGAAUUAUUGGCUAACUAGCACAGUGUUUCCCAAGGACCAUGCGGUGUAGUCCUUGAGGAGAAUCAUUAUUCAACAGCUUUGCACGUAACGCAGAAACGAGUUCCAUGAGAUGCUCUUCCCAGGCUUAAGUCAAGCCAGGUUAGCCCAGGUUGAAGGCCUGUAUGUCAAGAACACUUAUUUUGAAGCGGUGAUCUAAGACUGAGAGAUAUUGAUGAAAGCUUGAGUUCCUAUCUUGGAUGUCCAAGCUACCCAAGGUGUUCCUCAGGAGGAUAUCUGGCUGUUUGCAUGCUGAAAAAGCUGACCUUUCACAGCUAGAGGGAGCCUACAUGGCCAGGUAGUGAUUUGGAGGAUUGGGUAGCAUGUCUUUGGAAAAGAGGCUGGGUGAUUUCUUGGCUAUAUUGCAUGUCUGUGUUGAGAGAAAAAUAAGAAAUUUUUGUAUCUUUAACAGAGUCCAAUGUUUUGUGGUAAUCUAAAAUUUAUUGUAUUUUGUUUAUAUGAAGCUGUUUUCUGCCUCAGCAAAUGUUUGCCUGAUCCCACUUGUGAUAGUUAAUGUGGUGUCAAAUAAGAAACACCUGACGGGUUGAUUUAGCACAGUUCCGGACAUGUGUGUAUGAUUGACUUACUGAAGAAGGAAGACCCACCUUGGGGGUGGAUAGCACUAACCAAUAGGCUUGUAGCCUGGAUGGAAUAAAAAGGGAAAGAAGGAGUAAGUCAUGCUUUGCUUCUUUGGAAGAGCUGCAGUCUUUGACCUCACCUUUGGACGUCCAUCUCCAGGCUUCCAGCACAGACUCUUCAGCCUUCCAGCACAGACCCUUUGGCUUCCUGAUACAGACUUGCACAAGGCUCUGCGUGGAGCUCCAGGCCUUCAACUUUUCACUGGAUCUUUUGGAUCUCCAGCGCACAGACAAUCCUUUUGCGUUCUUCCACCCUUGACUCUGCAGGCAACCACUAUUUAGAAGUUGUGAGCAGCAUGUUUUGCCCACUGAAGCUCAUCCUGAUGCCGGUAUUACUGGAUUAUUCCUUGGGCCUCAAUGAUUUGAAUGCUUUGUACCCUAAGCUAACAGUCCACGUGGGUGAUUCAGCUCUGAUGGGAUGUAUUGUCCAGAACACUCAAGGAAAAAGUGUGACCAAGGUAGACUGGACACACUCACCCGAACAGCAUGGCAAGGAUGAAUACGUACUGUAUUAUUACUCCAACUUGACGGUGCCUUGCGGGCGCUUCAAGAACCGUUCGCGCUUGGUGGGGGAUGUCUCCCAAAAUGAUGGUUCUCUACUGCUCCAAGAUGUGCAAGAGGCUGACCAGGGAAACUACACCUGUGAAAUCCGCCUUGAAAAUGAGAGCAGAGUGUUUAAAAAAGCAGUGGUGCUGCAUGUGCUACCAGAGGAUCCCAAAGAGAUCGUAGUUCACGAGGGUGAGUCAGCUCUGAUGGGAUGUCAUUUCCAGAGCACAGAAGAGAAGCGUGUGACCAAGGUAUACUGGAUGUUCUCUUCGGGGCAGCAAGCCAAGGAGGAGACUGUCCUACUCUAUAACCUCAACAAUCCUGUGAGGUACCCCCAGUCACAGGGCCGCUUCCAGAACCGUGUAACCCUGGUGGACAUUGCCCACAACGAUGGUGCCAUCAUGCUCCAGAGAGUGAAGGAGUCUGACAAAGGACGCUACACCUGUAGUAUCUACCUGGGGAGCCUAAUGUUCAGGAAUAGCCUCACGCUCCACGUGAUCCAGGAGUCUCAAACAGCUUCUAGAUCUGAGAUCCUGGGAGGAACCCACGUGGUGAUCAUCGUGGGGAUUGUCUGUGCCACUCUCCUGCUGCUCACCGGUUUGAUAGUGAUUGUGAAGAAAAGGCACAGGAACAAGAGUUCAGAAAGCUCUACCGCCAUUGUGGAAAGUCUGGAGCACACCAGGAAGGCUAGUCUGGAGAAACAUGUUUACUCCGCAAUAGCUGCAUUGGAGAUGAUAGAAGAACCAAAUGCAAAAUCAGAGGCCAUCUACAUGAUCAUGCAUCCAGCUCAACCCUCUCUGAGGUCAGAUCCAAAUAAUGUAAGUGAAAAAAAGACAGUUUUGGACAUUCCCAAGACGGAUCAAGCUUUUUGAGAAGAAAGAAGAGAUCUCUUCAUCUUAUGGUGGCAGGAACUCUGUUUUCUGUGUGUCCUGAACCACUGUACGAGUUACUGCAGAUGCCUACUUCCCAGCUGUCAUUGGCUUCAGUUAAGGGACUAAAGGUGGAGGGUUGGGAGCUUGGCAGGAAAACUGGACAGCUGUGGAGGACCAGGCCAAAUGAGAAAAGGGAGCACAUGGACUUGGCCCCUUGGAGUGGGGCCGUGGCCCAAGGCAAGCUGGCUGAGCCACUGCGUGGCCUUACACCCUCCGUUGACCAGACCCUUCAUGUGGACACUUGUUCGUGGGUGAGCUGCUGAGAAGAACCACAGAAAUGUAAACCAAGCCAAAUGAUUCUUCUGAUAAAUUAUCCCUAAGUAAAUGUGGUUUGUGGAAA